CCCUCUUAUUUCCUGUUUCUGUCUCUCUCUUUCUCUCUCUCUCUCUCUCUCGCUCGCAUACAUCAGCCAAAAAGAGGAGGAAGUCUGGAACUCCCUUGAAGGAAGAGUGGCCUGAGCGAGAUGCAGCAGCACCUCAUGCAGAUGCAGCCCAUGAUGGCAGCCUAUGCCUCCCCAAAUCAAGUCACCACUGAUAUCAUCCAGCAGGUGCUCCUUCCGUCCCCCCUGUUCCUCCUCCUCAACCAAGCCUUCUUUGUCACCCGUUCCUUGUACUUGGAUGAGAAUAAGCAGUUGAUUCUGGCUAUUUUGGACAACCAAAAUGCAGGGAAAGCUGAUGAAUGUGCUGAGAAUCAAGCCAAGCUUCAAAGAAAUCUCAUGUACCUUGCUGCCAUUGCUGAUAGCCAACAACAAGUUCCUACCAUUGCCCAGUUUCCCCCAAGUACUGUCAUGCAAUCAGCCCCUCGCCAUGUUCAAUACCAGCAAGCCCAGCAGAUGACACCUCAGUCACUUAUGGCUGCACGAUCAUCAAUGCUGUAUGCGCAAUCGCCGAUAUCCGCCUUACAGCAGCAGCAGCAGGCAGCACUGCAUACCCAGCUUGGAGUGAGCCCUGGAGGGAACAGCGGGUUCAACAUGCUUCACGGCGAGGCCAGUGUAGGAGGUAACGGGCCACCAGCAGCUGGAGUGUUCUCCGACUUCGGCCGCAGCAGUUCAGCGAAGCAAGAAACUGGGAUUGCAUUAACGACUGAAGGACGUGGGAACAACUCAGGGAGGCAAAACGGCGAUGGCACGGAGCCUCUGUACCUGAAGGGCUCGGAAGAGGAAGCAAACUAGUAUGUAGCUAUUCUGGCAUCAAUCAACUUCUUAUGUUGCAACUUCUUAUUAAGUGUUCGACUUAUAACUGCCAUUCCUCAUCGCAAUGGUGCGCUCGAAAUGGUGGACGUUGACCUGAUGUUGCUAAUACCCAUCAGAUUUUCCACUUGAUCCAUCAGAUCUACAAUUAGCAUGUCAAGGAAGCAGUAGAUGUUUUGCUUGAAACACUUUGUACUGACUCUACGGUAUUAGUAAUAGUAGUUGUUCUGGCCA